CACCUGGGAAGAUGGCGGGCGAGAUGAAGCCUCAGAAAACGGAGCCACCAGGAGUCAUGGAGGAAGUGGAAGGGCAGAACAAGUCUUCAAAGAAGACUGAAGACUUGCUGGCAAUAGUGAAAAAGCUGCUGAAAGAGGGAAGCUUGGCGCCACAGAUUGAAGACCAGAUUAACCGGAUUAAUGAGCUUCAGCAAGCAAAGAAAAAAUCUGGUGAACUGGGAGAAGCCCAAGCUCUUUGGGAAACAGUGCACAGAGAACUGGAUUCUUUGAAUGAAGAAAAACUGCACCUAGAGGAGGUCUUGAGCAAAAAGCAAGAGGCGCUUCAGAUUCUCCAGCUGCACUGCCAAAGGAAGAGAAGUGAGACUCAGAGGAACCACAUGUCGCCAGAGAAUGUGGAGGAUAUGCCUAUCCAGAACUCUCAGAUCACAGACAGUCUCCCACAGAGCGCACAGGGGUUGCAUGUGGGAAAACAACUGGAGGACUUGAAGGGCCAGCAAAAGGACAUCUGGGAAUUCCAACAGAUGCUGCAGCACAGACUGGCCUGGGAGAUACGUGCCCUGCAAGGCAGCCAGGAGCAGCUGCUCACCGAAGAGAACCAGGCUCGCGCCAAGCUGCUGGAGCUGGAGCGCCAGCUGUGCUCACCACCUGAGGUCGAGACCCCGCAGCCCGAUACCAAGGCUGCACCUGCGGACGACGAGAGCCUGACUGUGGACUCCCUCAAAACGACCCUUGGCUCCCUGGCAUCGGCGCAGAGGAGGAGGAGGAGGAGGAGGAGGACAUGCAGCCAAGGGUGCACUGACACUCCAAUUGCCACUAGCCUCCAAAGCCCGGCAGGAAAUAAACGCGGUGGUUUCGGACUGUCCUCUUCCUCUUUGACUGACUCGGUGCUCCAGAAGGCUUUGGGGUGGCCUGCAGUGUGAGGCCCAGGCUCUCUGGAGAAGGGGGUAGUCAGACCCAAGAUGGGGAUAACAUCCCGAUAGCAUAUGAUCUAAUAUAUUCAGUAUGAUACAUGAUGUAAAGUAAUACAAUAUCGCAGACUUGGCUUUUCGCCUCCCACUUACUGACUGUGCCUGCCUCCUCCAGCCUUACAAGAACCUCACAGGGAUCUCUAGGACACUUUGGUGUCUUCUUCAUUCUGUCACUCAAGUAGGGACAGCCUGGGUUUUGCACUGAUUUCUCAUUUUCCUCCUAGGAUUCAGUUCUUUGCUUCCCAGCUCACUGGCUGCUGAGUGACCUCAGCAAGUUUCUUAAUGUCUCUAAAUCCAGUUAACAAAUUUGCAAAACGGUGGUAUCAAGAAGUUAUAAACUUGGUCAGCUCCCUGUCCCUCCCAGAAAACUCCUCUCAACCUUUAGACAAGAGUGGGUAAUAGUACCCACUCUAUCUCCCUUGGAUUCUGGGAAAACACCCCAAAACAGACACUGAAAACAAGCACUCCUUUCAGUUAUGUGUGAAAUUCCUUGGAUUUGAAUUCUAAUUACUCAUUGUUUUCUCCUUAGCUGUUUUCUUCUCUCAUCUAAAAUAACUGCUGGUUUAUUUCAGUUCCUAGAAUUCCCCCAAUACUUACUUACACCUUUGGUAGUUGCUUCUCACACAUUUCCCAUUCUCAUCUGUUAUUUACUUAAGGGCAGUUGCAAAUUUACUUCCCAGAAGGAUCCAGUGGUUUUAUAGUCAGGGAAAAAAAUUUUAAUCUGAAUUAAUUUUUUAAAGUAUGCAUUUUAUGUAUUUAUUUAUAAAGACAGAAAUUGAGAAGGCAGGGGGAGAUAGAAAGAGAGACACCUGCAGACCUGCUUUAUCAUUCAUGAAGCAUAUCGGGAAAUUUUUUUGGCUGUCUUUUUAAAAUUUUUUAGUGAACUUUUUAAAAGUAUUUUUUUUAAAGAUUUUGUUUAUUAAUGAGAAAGAUAGGAGGAGAAAGAACCAGAUAUGACCUGGUACAUGUACUUUUGGAGCUUGAACUCAGGACCUCAUGCUUGAGGAGUUCAGUGCUUUAUCCACUGAGCCAUCUCCCAGACACCAUAUUUUAUUUAUUUUAUAUUAAUGAGAGAGAUAUGAGAAAAAGACACAACGAGAAAUACCAGAGCAGUGCUCAGCUCUGGCUUAUGGUGGUGCUGGGGAUUGAACCUGGGACCUCUUAAACCUCAUGAAAAUCUUUUGCAUAUCCAUGAUGCUGUCUUCCCAGCCCACCUAUUUGUCUUUGUUAAGCUGGAAUUGUGGGAUUAGAAGAAAUAAGAACAGGAGACUUAUAUUUGAAGAUGAUGACUAUGGGUGAGAUCUGCACUUCAAAAUACUAAAUCAUAGAUGAGUGGUGUGUUGUACAAUAUGACAGCUACU